AUGAUCAUGUUUGCAUCACAAAUGUCGUUGACAGGUCCCUGUGACAAAGGCAAGAAGAUGCUGAAGACAUGGUAUUCUUUCCUGCUAUGUUGGCUGUCCUUGCGGCUUGAGGCUAAUCCUGGUCUUAAAGUGAGGAUUACUAAGAAGGGGCUGGACUAUGGCAGGAAGAUUGGGAUGGAGUUCCUGAAGCAAGCGGUAUUGAAAGAGACUUUUCCAAGCUUCAGUGGGCAGGAGAGUUUCUUGGUUGUUAAGGUGAACUAUGUCAUUUCAAGGCUCAGAAUUAAUGCUGUAGAUUUCCCAGAAACUUCUGCUUCCUUUAUUCCUGGCAUUGGCAUUCAUCUGUCAGUGGCACAUGCCUCUGCUACGAUCAGUGCAGACUGGAGAAUGAAUGCAUGGCUGCUCAAAGACGAAGGAAGAGUUACUGUGUCCAUCUCAGGACUGUUUAUUGCGGUUAUCUUCAAAGUGUCAUGGGAUAGCACAGGCCGCUUGUCUGUAUUGCUACACAAUUGCCAACUGACCAUUAAUAGUGUAAAAGUCAAGUUAAAUGGAGGAUCUAGCUGGAUCUACAGCCUUCUAUCUGAUUAUCUUGAGAACCCAAUUCACACCAAAUUGGAUAAAAAUCUAUGCCUAAAUAUCAAAGACAGAAUCCAAAUGAUGGAUACACAGCUUAGAAAGCAUAAGGUCUUAAGCCAGAUUGAUGCCUUUGCACAAAUAGACUAUUCCUUAGUCAGUUCUCCAGCAGUCUUCAAAUCACACAUUAACUUGGAUUUGAAGGGCACAGUCUAUCCAGUAGGAAGUCACAUGGACCCUCCCUUUGUGCCAGCUCCAUUUGCUCUCCCAAACCAGGAUGAUUCCAUGGUAUACAUUGGAGUCUCUAAUUAUUUUCUUCAGUCUGCUUCACUGGCUUACUACAGAGCAGGAGCCUUUAACAUCACCAUCUCUGAAGAGCUUGCUACUACUUUUAACCUAAAUACUGCCUUAUUCAAAGAUUUUGUUCCUGAGAUGGCUCUGAGUUUCGUAACAGCGUGCCCGGUGCUGCUGAAGCUGAUGGCUACAUCACCACCUGUGGUCAGUUUGAAUACAGACAGAUGCACGCUACAGGUCACUGGCUGUGUAGAAGUAUUUGCUGUUCUGCCAAAUUCAACCACCCAGCACAUCUUUACAGGGAAUCUAACAGCCAGUACCAGAGCCAAUCUGACAAUAACCAAACAGAAGUUGAUUAUCUCAUUACUUCUGAAGAGGCUCCAUUUCUCCCUGCUGCACUCCACUCUUGGCUUCUCUGAGCAGAUGUCACUGGUGGAGAAUUUUCUGUCUUACACUUUACGGAGUGCAGUGAUCCCAGUAAUCAAUGAUAAACUAGGAAAAGGAUUUCCUCUUCUUAACUUGGCCCACACUACCCUUACUGGACCUGUAAUAAAAAUGUAUGAGGGUCAUCUGGUGAUUUCCACUGAUGUUCACUACAAACAUGAGGAAGAGGGAGAUGAGGACCUUCACAGUCACUCCUAAUAUCCCUUUACUUUUAAGCAAUAAUAAGAGAGAAAUGUAGUCUUCUUUCUGUUGGCUUGUAGGGAGUGGAUGCUAUAACAUUAGAAGCAUGGCUUUUCAUCACUAUUUUAAAUGCUUUAGUAAAACUUCUUAAUUAUUUUUCACAAAUUGAAUCUGUUGGGUUUUAGUACAUUGGGUGUAGCUGCUUUAGAAAAAUUUGUUGCAGCCUGAUGAGAAGUGACUGGUUCUUUUCACUAGUUACAGACACCACAUUUUAUUAAUUUUAGGAACCAGUUCUUGUAUUAUUCAGUUUAUCUCCAUUAGUGUUAGCAAAACUAAACUUUGUGUAUGGAGUGAGACUUUAUUCUUUGUAAGAAUGUCGCAAUUUGUCCCUUUGUAACUGGAUACCAACAGUGGGAAUAGAUUUAUAAAAUCUAGUGAAUUACCACUGA